AUGCAGUUUGUAACCAAAACUUGUGUUAAGGUUUUUGCCUUCAGCGAUGGAGGAGAAGAAGACGAAGAUGAGGAAAAUCUCACAGGCAUGUCGCCUUCUAUAAAAUGUGAAGACCAUCAAAAACCUGAUGAUGACCAUCAUCAUAAAAACGAAAACGGUGACUCGAAUAGUAAAGAAAAUUUGCAAAAAUCUCCAAUUUCCAAUUCAGGAGACGAUUGCAAAAAUGAAAAACAAUCUGAAGAAAUUAUGGAGGAGGACGAUGCGAAAUCUCAACACUCUAACGAAGAAGUUUCCAAGAAGCCAGUAUCGCCAUCUGUUCCCCACAAACAAGGUUUGCGUCUCAACCCAGCUUUAGCGUCCUUCGCAGCCUUCCAGCAGAUGGCUGCUGCUGCAAAUACGCUUCUGGCGGGUGAUUUGAAUUUAGCUGCAGCCAAAGAAAAUAUUCCAGCUGCUCCAAGUGGACCUCCAUAUAUUUGUCCACCUUGUGGAAUCAGGUUUUCCAGUUUAAGUACUUUGGAAGCCCAUUGCACCUACUAUUGCUCCCAUAGGGUCAAUAAUAAGGACCAGGAUGAUGAUAGUUGUCAAGCUGUUGAUGAUGCUUCAGAGCCAAAUCGUGCUUCAGGAAGUCCUCCUUCGGCAAAACAACCACGUCUAUCAAAAUUGUACGCCUGUUCUCAAUGUUCUUACUCUGCUGAUAAAAAAGUGUCAUUAAAUCGUCAUAUGAGGAUGCACGGGGCUGCAGUAACACCCCCUUCAGCAACAUCAACCCUAAACACACCAGAAAACAUUGCAGAAGCCCCCAAAAUCGGAGUGUCUUUAGCAGAUUUCCAAAAACUCAGCGGAACAACCCUGCAAGACCUACAAAAACUGGGCGUAGGAUUACUAGACACCGCCAAUUUGGCAUCUAGAGUAUCUUUAGUAGAUUUUAACAAAUUAGGAGCCCUUGACACAAUCGAUACAGGGUCUUUAGACGUAUCCAAGAUUCCCGAUCCGGAUCUGGCCGAUAGAUAUUGCUCCGAUUGCGAUAUCAAAUUCAGUUCUAACAAAACCUAUAGGGCUCACAAGACUCAUUACUGCCAAACCAGGAGAGAAGCGGCUGCCAAGACGGAUGUUAAUCAGACUAAGUUUUUGGCUUUGCCUACAAAUCCUAUGAUUAUUGUUCCUUAUGCCUUGCUUAAAGGAGCUAGUGUCCUUCAAGGGGGCACUCCGGCGGGUGCUCCUUGUUUUGUGCUGCCUAAUGGAAUGAUGAAACCUGUUGACGCCCAGAGUAUGGACUGUGAUGGAGCAUUACCAGAAAGCGUGUCAACUCCAUCACCAACUCACCAGCAGCUACCUCCUCAAGAUCUACCACAAGUUGGUCUUCCUGCACAUGCUCCUCUGGUUCUGGUCAAACAAGGAGUAUCCAAAUGCAGGGAAUGCAACAUAGUUUUUUGUAAACACGAGAACUACAUAGCCCACAAGCGCCACUACUGCCAAGCCAGGACCUCCGACUCCACCACCAAUAAUCAACCACCAAUUUCACCAUCGGUGUCUCCUAUCACAUCGCCGGAAAUCUUGUCACCUCCAGAAGCCGGUAACGGUAUUGGAGGACAAAGAGAUACCACUUCUUUACCCAGACACACUUACCAACAGCUGAUUUGUGCUGCUUGUGGUAUCAAAUUUACCUCUUUGGAUAACCUGACAGCUCACCAAACCUAUUAUUGUCCUAAAAGGACAAUGCUGCUGAAUAGUCUAAAUAAUGCUGCUGCAGCAGCUGCUUUGGGCAGCGUCAAUUUGGACAAGAACUUUAAGAGUCAUAUUGAAGCUGUUAGUAAAAGUUUGCAAGGUAAGGGUAAUGGAUGUUUUUUGGUAACUUUUUGUAGGGUAGUUAUAGUAAUGGGUCCAAGAGAAGGUCUGACCUCACCAGUGGCUGAUUCUUCCCCAAAUCCUGCAGCAGUUCUGGUGGACGAGGUUCCUGCCUCUCGUCUGGUGGUCACUUCUCCGACUGGUGCUGGAGGUGCUGUAGGCGGCUGGAGGUGCCCUUGUUGUGAUGUGACAAGCCCUACUGCUGCAGCAGCCCAGAGGCACAUGGACACACAUAGAGGUGUAAAAGCCUUCAGAUGUUCCAUAUGUCGAUACAAAGGCAACACUUUACGAGGAAUGAGGACACAUAUUAGGAUGCACUUCGACAGGCAACGUCCUGGUGAUUUUAGGGAAGAAGAUUUUAUUUCUUGUGUUUUGGAGGAUGAAAAACAACCCCAUGGUAGUAAUGGGGUUGUUGAUAAUACAGUUGAAAAAGCUCAGGAGACCAGCAAAGUGCAGGAAAAGCGCGAAAAAUCCCUGUCUCCAUCUAGCGAUGUGGUUUGCGAAAAUGCUAAAACCGUUGUAAAACAGGAAGAGGUCUCUGUUAAAUCUGAACCCGAAGACGUAAUCGAUGAUGAAAAUAGUGAGAGGAAUAUUGAGCAUGAAAUUGAAGAAGCCAGGAAUAAAUCAGGACCUAAACAUUGUAAAUCUUGCGAUAUAACAUUUAACUACCUUUCAACUUUUAUUGCACAUAAAAAGUUCUACUGUUCGAGCCAUUUAGGAGAAAAUAGUGCUGCGAACAAUAAUUUGCAACAAGCCUCUGCUUUACUUUAAUAGAAAAAUAAAUUCAUCACAGCAGCUAUUAUAAAGAGGGCAGCGAUUUUUUCCCUGGAACUUCUUUCUUUAACUAGUUAAGUUUAAUAUAAUCUCAGUCUUUAGAUCUGUACGAAUGAAUCAAUAAUUAAUUAUGU